UCUUUUAAUUCUUCGAAACUUUUCUCCCGGAGCUGACUGACACUAAAUGUCCCAUGAACGCUUGCAGGACGCUAAUGAUGACGUGAACUAAUAUUUUUAACAGGCUUGUCAUGUUUUUUUUUUUGUAUCUGCAUGACUCAUAAUAUGAAUAUUUGGAUUAGUAGUGCGCAUUAUAUUUGUUUUUUCUUCUAAAUUUAGCUUAAAAGUAUUUUUUAAAGCUUUUUUUUAUUCACGUGCCAAUUAUCACAAGUACAACUCGGUGUUUUGACUCUCACGCGGAGCCAAUAAUUGGAGACGUCACCUUGCCAUCCCACUGAGCAGCGAUGCAGCACGAGCGGCUGCUCAAAGUGUUAGUGAUCGGAGACCUGGGCGUCGGGAAGACGUCCAUCAUCAAACGCUACGUGCACCAGGUGUUCUCCCAGCAUUACCGCGCCACCAUCGGGGUGGACUUCGCCCUCAAGAUGCUCAACUGGGACCACAAGACGGUGGUGAGGCUGCAGCUGUGGGACAUUGCCGGGCAGGAACGAUACGGCAACAUGACCCGUGUGUACUACAGGGAGGCGGUGGGAGCCCUCGUCGUCUUCGACAUGACCCGACUGUCCACGUUUCAGGCCGUCCUCAAGUGGAAAGGAGACCUGGACUCAAAGGUCGCCCUUGGCAACGGGACGCCGGUUCCGGCCGUUCUUUUGGCCAACAAGUGUGACCAGCGGAGUCACGGUUUGUGCCCGAAGCUGCCCAAACUGGAAAACUUCUCCAGAGAGUACGGCUUCGUCGACUGGUACGAAACUUCUGCCAAAGACAACACCAACAUUGAUGCGGCCAUCUCCUGCUUGGUGAAGAGCAUCAUGUCUGUGGAGGACGACCGAGCCUUGAGUGACGCCGCGGCAACCGCCGGCAAGACCGAACCGGUUCUGGUUCUGCCUCGCUUCGACUACAGCGCAAAGGAGAAGGGACUCAGUGGGUGCUCGGGGUGCACCUCGCUUAAACCCAGAGACGACUGAAGGACGGGUCCGAGCCAGAGACUGAAAGGACUUUGUUAAAUUUGUUUUAACGCUUUAUAGGGCGAAGAACUAUAUUUGGUGACUUCAGUGGAUAUCAAAAUAGGGUCCCCAUUUCUCUCUGUGAGGUCGUAGAACCACAUGGAUUUCUUCCAGUUUAUCAGCAAAGAUCAGGGUAAUAUUUCCAGAAAAAAGUGGCAAAUUUACUAGAUUAAAGUGGCAAAUCUACAAGAAAAAAAGUUGCAGAUUUAAGAGAUUAAAGUGGG